AGUUAGGACCGAGAUGGCGGAGAAUGGGGCGGGCGGCGGCGGAGGGGGGCAGAACCUCGCGGUGCUGGACGCGCUGGACUCGGCGCGCACCCAGAUGUACCACAUGAAGGCCAUCGUCAUCGCCGGCAUGGGCUUCUUCACCGACGCCUACGACCUCUUCUGCAUCACCACCGUCUCCAAGCUGCUCGGCCGCCUCUACUACCCGGACAGCAACGCCGACAUCGGCAAACCCGGCACCAUGCCCGUGCGCAUCAACAACAUGGUCACGGGGGUCGCGCUCGUCGGCACCCUCAUGGGCCAGCUCGUCUUCGGCUACUUCGGGGACAAGCUCGGCCGCAAGCGCGUCUACGGGAUCACGCUCGUCCUCAUGGCCGUCUGCGCCAUCGGCUCCGGCCUCUCCUUCGGGAGCUCCGCCAGCGCCGUCAUCGGCACGCUCUGCUUCUUCCGCUUCUGGCUCGGCUUCGGCAUCGGCGGGGACUACCCGCUCUCCGCCACAAUCAUGUCCGAGUACGCCAACAAGAAGACCCGCGGCGCCUUCAUCGCCGCCGUCUUCGCCAUGCAGGGGGUCGGAAUCAUCUUCGCCGGCCUCGUGUCCAUGAUCGUCUCCGCCAUUUUCCUCCACUACAACCCUGCACCGGCGUGGAAUGUGCACCAUGGCUGGACAGUUGAUCAUCAGAUUGAGCAGUGGCCCGGGGCGGACUACAUGUGGCGCGUCGUGCUCAUGCUCGGGGCAUUCCCCGCGUUGGCCACCUUCUACUGGCGGAUGAAGAUGCCCGAGACCGCCAGGUACACCGCUCUCAUCGAGGGUAACGCCAAGCAGGCUACCAACGACAUGCAGAAAGUGCUGGAGAUCCGCAUCGACGAGGAGCAGGAGAAGCUCUCAAAGUUCAGGGCAGCCAACGAAUACUCUCUGCUGUCCAUGGAGUUCGCGCGGCGUCACGGUUUGCACCUCAUCGGCACCACCACCACGUGGUUCCUCCUCGACAUCGCCUUCUACAGCCAGAACCUCACACAAAAGGACAUCUUCCCAGCCAUCAACCUCACCGGUCCCCCGGGCACCAUGAGUGCCCUCAAAGAGGUGUUCGUGAUAUCACGAGCCAUGUUCCUCAUCGCCCUCUUCGGUACUUUCCCAGGCUACUGGGUCACCGUGGCCCUCAUCGACAAGAUGGGAAGGUACUUGAUCCAGCUCCUUGGUUUCUUCAUGAUGUCCUUGUUCAUGCUAGUGAUGGGCAUCAAAUACGAAUACCUCAAGGACAAGGGCCACGCCCUAUUCGCCAUCCUGUACGCGCUCACAUUCUUCUUCGCAAACUUCGGGCCCAACAGCACCACCUUCGUGCUGCCGGCCGAGCUAUUCCCCACGCGUGUCCGCUCUACAUGCCACGCCAUCAGCGCCGCGUCGGGCAAGGCAGGCGCCAUCGUCGCCGCCUUCGGGGUGCAGACCCUCACCCUCAAGGGCGACCCCAAGCACAUGAAGCAGGCGCUCAUUCUCCUCUCUGUCACCAACAUGUUCGGCUUCUUCUUCACCUUCCUCGUCCCCGAGACGAUGGGCCGAUCGCUCGAAGAGAUCUCCGGCGAGGACGGCAACGUUGCCGGCGCGGCCGCUGGGCAUGUGGACAAGGAUGUCGAGAAGGCCCCUCCUUCAAGCACCGAAUGGCAGCCACCAUCGUCCAUGAAUUAAUGCAUGACACCACGCAUCUUAUCUUCUAUAUCAGGGAAUUUAGAAAGGGGGCAAGAAUAACGGCGACCAGCUGCAUGCUACUUAAGUUGCCAGGCACUUGGUUUGAGAGUUUGUUUUAUCUACACGUAUAAUAUUGCAAUAGGAUUGCUUGUGUGUGAUACCAUCCAUUGUGUUGUUAAGGUUAUAUUGAGUUUUCAGUGUGGAUGUAUGAGCAUUGACUAGGGAUUUCCCUUCUCAAUCAUCAAUAUGUAUUGCUAUACUUAUAAUAAUAAUGCAUGUCAAGUUUAAUGAA